AACUAUUGAUUUUUACUCAGAGAUGCUAACUUUUCGGUGCUUGUGAGUUGGUCAUGGUAGAUAUCAAAAUAGACGACAGAGGGAUAGAGAAACAAUUAACAUCGCUCAAAAGAGGAAAGGCCGCUGGUCCUGAUGGGAUACCAGUUCAAUUUUACACAGAGUACGCGAAGGAACUUGCCCCCCUUCUUGCAGCGGUGUACCGUAGGUCUCUAGAAGAGCGAAGCAUUCCGAAGGAUUGGAAAAGGGCACAGGUUGUCCCCGUUUUCAAGAAGGGACGUCGAACAGAUGUGCAGAACUAUAGACCUAUAUCUCUAACGUCGAUCAGUUGUAGAAUUUUGGAACACGUAUUACGUUCGAGUAUAAUGUCUUUUCUGGAGACUAGAAAUCUACUCGUCGGUAAAGCAGAUGCCAGACUGAGAUUCAUUGGAAGAAUCCUAAGGAAAUGCAAUCCGACAACAAAGGAAGUAGGUUACAGUACGCUUGUUCGCCCAAUGCUUGAAUACGGCUCAGCAGUGUGGGAUCCGCACCAGGUAGGGUUGAUAGAAGAGAUAGAGAAGAUCCAACGGAGAGCAGCGCACUUCGUUACAGGAUCAUUUAGUAAUUGCGAAAGCGUUACGGAGAUGAUAGAUAAACUCCAGUGGAAGACUCUGCAGGAGAGACGCUCAGUAGCUCGGUACGGGCUUUUGUUAAAGUUUGGAGAACAUACCUUCACCGAAGAGUCAAGCAGUAUAUUGCUCCCUCCUACGUAUAUCUCGCGAAGAGACCAUGAGGAUAAAAUCAGAGAGAUUAGAGCCCACACAGAAGCAUACCGAUAAUCCUUCUUUCCACGUACAAUACGAGACUGGAAUAGAAGGGAGAACCGAUAGAGGUACUCAGGGUACCCUCCGCCACACACCGUCAGAUGGCUUGCGGAGUAUGGAUGUAGAUUUAGUUUCAGUUACAUUUAGUUUCAGUUACAUUUAGUUUCAGUUACAUUUAGUUUCAGUUACAUUUAGUUUCAGUUACAUUUAGUUUCAGUUACAUUUUGGCAGAAUCAAUAUGCAAGACAUUUUAGAGUAUUUUUGACACUUCCUGGAAUUCUUUCAGGUAUCUCACACUUCCAAUUAGAGUUGACAUAUUGUCAGUAAAUAAAAUUUAAUGAACAUCAAUGACAAGUGAUAGCUCAUUGUGAAAUUAUGUUAUGUACACUUGACUACAGAAGUCGGUAUCUCAUCCCACCCAGACGAGGUUUUUUUUAAGACAGUUUCUCAUUUUCCACAACCCUUUGGAUGCUUCUUUUAAACACUUUAAAAGAUGAGUUCCAUUUGUUUACCACGAUUAUGAAAUUUGCUUUGUCUUGUUAAGUUGCCAUAUCUACCUCUGAUCUUGCUGCAUUUAAGAAGAAUUUGUUGAAACAGUUUGACAGCUGAACAGGAUUUAUUAUAAUAUUUCCAAAUUUAAUUUUCAAAAUCUCUUGACUAUUGACUUUGGCUCCUAAUUCUGACUGAACAAGUGACCACAAUGCUUUUGCUUACUUUUAGGUUUGAGAAUAAAUGUACUAUUUGCCAUUUUUACCUGCUACUACAGCUUUCCCAAAUAAAACAUUAUCAUGUUUGACAUAUAUAACAAAAUCAGGAUUUCUGUUCUAUUUUAAUUCAUUACGUGGUUAUCUUUUUUCUAGCACUUGAAAUUUUUGUUCCUGGUGUAAUUUAAGUUUACUAUUCAUGUUUAUUUGACAAGAUCUAGUAGGAAAAGACUCAUUAAA